GCUUUUCAAUACCCUCUUCAAAGAGUAGAAAACAGACCUUGAAACUUCUAGAAAUUCCAUAGAAAAAGCGGUAAUGGUAAAUCGGUAGUUUUCUUUAACCAUUCUGUUAACAAGUUGAACCAGGUCAUUGCGUCCUUGGCCCCCUUCAUCAUGGCCAUCUUUAAAUUUUCGAUACCAUUCACGUACACACAACGCAUUCUCCGAUAGAUUUUUGGAAUACUAUUGCCUUCAGACUGUUGAAAACUUAUCAAGCUUCGCAAUUUACAAUUGGCGGGAGCAUCAAUAAUGACGUACAUGUUUACGUGGUUGUAGCACAACGCCGACUGACGCUUGAAUGUCAACAGUGGCGGAGUGUGCGCCUACAGCUCAUGCCCUCGUAUUAAAUAGAUGACAAAGCCUCCAGUGAAUAAUAAAUUAUGUCGUCUGCAUCUCACAAAAACGUUUAGCAUGACUUACUUAAAAUAUUGUCACUUUUGAAUGAAUUUAACCCUUUAUUCGUACCCACACAACAUCGUUAUCUGUCCAGUAUGUUUUUUUUUAUUUUGUUAUAAUCGUCGGUUUCUUAGUGUACAGUUAUUCUUAUCAGUUUAAAUAAAUGACUCAUUAGUUGUUUCCGGUGGGAAUUAAAAACAACUUACCACGCUUGUUCCUCAGAGUUUAUUCGCAGUUGAUCAAAAAUUAGUUUAUGGAUGUACUGGGUUACGUUAAAUAAUGAAAAUAUAAAGAAAAAUGUUAACAUUUAGCUGCUGUAUGUCUUCAGAGAUUAAAAAUUCUAAAAUGGAUUUCCAACAAGAGUGCCUUCAAGCUCACAACGAGUACCGACUUAAUCAUGGCGUCCCUCCAUUGAAACUUAAUAGAGAUAUGUGUAAAUUUAGUGAAUAUUGGGCAAAUAAUUUGAUAAAGAAAAGCGUUUUAACUCAUAGCAAUAACAGGGAUUACGGCGAAAAUUUAUUUUGCAUUCAAUCGUCCAAUCCUAAUUUUAUUAUAGAUGGAAAGAAGGCUGUGGAAAAUUGGUAUGAAGAAAUUAAAUGUCACACGUUUGGAGUUGAACCAAAUAGCUUAGCGUCCGGACAUUUCACUCAGGUAGUGUGGAAAGAUUCUAAAGAAUUGGGAGUGGCUUUUGCGAAAUCUGGAGGUAAAAUAGUUGUUGUAGCUAACUACUUUCCAGCUGGUAAUAUCAUAGGUCACUUCGCAGAAAAUGUACCUCCACUAGGCGGCUUCCAAACGAACAACAAUCAUAUCGAUUUAUCUGAUAAGAUAAACAAAUUGUCAAUCAAGUUUACAAAGUCACCAUCACAAAAAUUUAACGAAGAAAUAACAGAAGGCAACUUUGAGGAAGAUUUCUUGAAGGCGCAUAACAAUUUUAGAAGAAGGCACGGCGUACCACCGUUGAAACUAGAUCGAAAACUUUGUAAAUACAGUCAAGAAUGGGCAACGUACCUUGCUCAACGUAAUAUCCUCGAACAUAGACCUGGAAGUAAUUAUGGAGAAAAUAUUUAUUGUAUUUUCUCAUCGGACCCUAAUUUUACGAUUAACGGUCAUUCGCCAGUGGAAACGUGGUACGAGGAAGCGUCGCAACAUCCGUUCGGAAAAGAACCCAGUAAUUUGAAAUCGGGGCAUUUUUCUCAAGUGAUCUGGAAGUCGAGUGAGUUUUUAGGAGUUGGAGUUGCCAAGAAUUCUCAAGGUAGUACAUACGUCGUUGCCAAUUAUUCACCAGCUGGUAACUUCGUUGGACACUAUGUAGAAAAUGUUCCUGCUGCGAAACCUAUCGUUUACGAAGAAUCUAUGAGGACUGGGAAAGACAGUCGUCCUAGUACUUCCAGUAUCACUUCUCUAUCCGAAAAUUAUGGAAAAUUUUCGGAAUUUGCUAUAGAAUCUCUUAAAAUUCACAACGAGUAUAGAAGAAAACACGGGGUACCGGAUUUGGUAUUGAAUGAGGAAAUGUGUCAAUACGCGCAAGAUUGGGCCGAUACUUGCGCGCGAACUGCUAGCUUGCAGCACAGAGCAAAUUCGAAUUACGGCGAAAAUAUUUUCUCUGUAUAUUCUUCUGAUUACAGUCAUACACCUACUCCGAGAGACGCUAUUAAGGAAUGGUAUGAUGAAGUUAAAAGGCACACGUUCGGCGUGGAGAGAGUUAAUCAGAGCACAUUACAUUUUACACAAGUUAUUUGGAAAGAUAGCAAAGAGUUGGGAAUAGGAAUGGCAAAAAACAAAAGAGGCCAAACGUAUGUCGUAGCUAAUUAUUCUCCAAGGGGAAAUUACAUAGGGCAAUUCGUCGAGAAUGUUCCUCGACCAAAAUCUUGACGCACGAAUAGUCCGAAAAAAGUACAUUUCACAUUAUAACAUUCCAGUUUUUUUAUAUACCAAAGAAUUUACUUUUAGUUUUACUAUUUUACUAAAAUAUAGUAUUUUUAGUUUUUAAUAAUAUAAUUCGGUUAUUCUUAGAAAUUUACUGAUUAUUCUUCUGAAUAUUGUCUACGUUAUUGAUUCAUUACCUUGUCUACUUUAGCUGUUGAGUACCUGGUAGCUAUUAAAGAUCAUUCCACCUUCACACCUAAUUCCACCUGAACGGUCAAUUCUUCUCGCCCUUUCGGUCAAUGUUUUUAUAAUAUUUACUAUGUUUCUAACAAGGAUUUAGAUGAACGUCGCUUUUUCCUUCGGUUUCCAUUAUAUAUUUUCGUAAAUGUCAUUCACAUAUCUCAACCAAACCAUUGGCUGAUAGGAGCUGCCGAUGAGACUUGUUCUUCAAAUUCCUCCAUAAAAAAAUUGGCUACCACCGAGCUUAGAGGGCUUAUUAAAGUCCUCCUUAUCUGAACUUAUACCUUUUCACCAAUAAUUAAUAUAUAGCACAAGAAACAAAUAUGACAGUAUGAAUCAGCUGGGAUUGAUGUCAAUGAUAGUUGCUUUCCAAUAUAUUGAGCACUUUGGAACAUACUAUUGAUGAGCAAAUGCAAGACCAAGAUCGGCUUAGUCUUGAUCUUGGUCUUGCAUGCGUGGUUUUGGUCUUCCAGCCUCUUAUGUGAUCUUGGUCUUGGUUUUACAACCUCAUAUGUGGUCUUGGACUUGCAUACGUGGUCACGGUCUUGCAUACGUGGUCACGGUCUUGCAUACGUGGUCUUCGUCUUACAGCCUCAUAUGUGAUCUUGGUCUUACAACCUCAUAUGUGGUCUUGGCCUUGCAUGCGCGGUCUUGGUCUUGAUGUUUGAACGAAAGACCAAGACCAGUGUCACUGUUCACUAGAUCUAACUUCGUGUCAAGUGUCAAAUUCUGCUGUGUCCGAAGUACAUCUUUGUAAUUAUAGUUUCCACUAUAAAUUACCUUCUUAGGCUCUUUUGUAGUCUUCUUUAUUGAGUGAUAAUGCAUGUUUAGAACUUUUUCUGUAUCCAUACAAAUGUAAAUCUGAAUAAAUGCCCACAUAACCUCUAUUCUACAGUUUGAUGUUUAAUGCGCCAUUUUGAAGCUCAUGAAGCUCAAUCAUUUAUCUGGUGUUUGAGUAACGAGGGGAGAGCGCAACUUUGACACACAUAUCUCAAAAACGGGAAUUUGGGACAUGCGUUUGAAGUUGUUCUUAUGCUCCGAUUGGGUGCUCAAAUUGUGCAAUUGGAAAGCAAAUAAUAUAGAGUGGAUUAUACACAUUCUUAUUGUUUUUUAACCUUCAAUGACGUCAAUUGUACAAUAGUGUAUUUAUCGAAUAAGGGUGUUUUUAAAAUCGAAUAUUUCGUAAGUAGUUUUAAGUUUAUUUUCAGUUUUAUAUUAUGAAAAAAUAAUCAAGGCCUAAGAGUUUUGUUAGUUUAUCGACUAUAUUGAACUUUUUGAUAAUAUAAGCUAGAAUAAAUUCCAGCCAAAGAAGCUAGAAAAGUUUAUCGUUUACAUUCCAUACCACUAAUAUAUAUAUAUAUAAAAAAACAUUGUUUAUAACUUUUUACUCUUGUUAUAUUUGUGAUGUUGGAAAUAAAAUGUUGAAUAUUU